UGGUUGUCUGCCUUGCCCUGAGGCAGGAGCUAGGGGGGAUAAAAACCAUGAUGCCGGUUCCGUCCGGUUUAAUAGAUCUACCUACACCCUCACGGUACAACUCUUAAAAGCCCGUACCUCGAUUAUUGAAAAGGUGUACACACAAAAGUCACAGGAUCAUGAAGACACGCGGCGUAGGAACUCGGACGAACGCAAGGUAAUGUUUUUUCAGCUCCUGCUGCACACCGUUACCUUUGUUUACAGACAAGGAUGCGAGUACAGAGGUCAAGGCUCCAGACUACAGUACAGAAAUGCAGCACAGACAGAGGAGUAUUGUAUCGUUGCAUGGAUCAUGCCAACAGUGCACUUAAGUGUAACUGUAUGAGAUUAAGCAGUGGACCUGAAGAUGCCACACUGAGAUUAUAUUGGCUCACAGUCACCACAAAUGCCUUAAACUUUAGUUAAAGGAAAUCAGUCGGAGCUGAAGUUUGUCUUUUGCCAUGGACAUUAGUGCGUCUGCACUAUGGAGACUCCUGCUCCUGAACUCUCUCGUGUUCGGGGUGGAAAUCUGUGCCGCCGCGGGCUUCACCUUCGUGCCGCCGCUGCUGCUGAAGUCAGGGAUGGAGGACAGCCAGAUGAGCCUGGUGCUGGGCAUCGGGCCGUUCAUGGCGCUGUUCCUCGUGCCCGCCAUCGGAGCGACGUCCGACCAAUGUCAGAGCAGUCUGGGAAGAAGACGACCGUUUAUUCUCAUCUUAUCGGCCGGAAUUUGCCUCAGCCUCGUCUUUAUACCGUACGGAGAACUCCUUGGGAACACCUUGGGCGGUACACCUUAUACCAUGUUGAUUCUCACCGUCGGGGUGGUUCUUCUAGACUGUUGUACACAGGCAUGUUUUACGCCAAUGGAAGCCUUGCUGGCAGACAUAUACGGAAACACUGACUUGAGUGAGAGCAGCUUUGUCGUGUACACCUUCAUGGUGAGCGCCGGUGGAUGUGUUGGAUACCUACUCACUGCUAUCGACUGGGAAAACUCCUUGCUCGCACUGUUGGUAGGGGGGCAAGAGCAAGCAGUAUUUUUACUCCUCUUCCUUCUCUUUGCUGGCUCCCUGUGUGUGACGAUAUUCACUGCUAAAGAAAAACUCUUGAGGGAAAGUGACAGUCAACUGACCUUAACACCGAUCAGACGCUGCAGAAUAUGUGAUUUUGUACCCAAGGCCUGUUUACAGUCAGUGGUUGCCUUCAUAAGACUUAUACCAAAAGGGCUAACUAGCUCUUUAGAUGCACCGUUUGUGUUAAGGAGACUCCAGGUGGCACACUUCUUCAUGUGGGCUGCGCUGUUCUGUUACACCAUGUUCUUCUCAGACUUUGUUGGGGAGGAGGUCUACCACGGUCGCCCUCACGCGCUCAUCGGCUCGGACGAGAGGAAGUUAUACGACGAGGGCGUGCGUAUGGGAAGCUUCGGUCUCCUCAUCCAGUGUAUAAUGGCGGCUGUCUUCUCCAUGUUCCUAGAGACCGUGGUGAAACGGAUCGGGGAGAGGAGAACGCUGCAGCUGUCCAUGGUGCUUUUCACGGUAGCCAUGACGCUUCUCAUGUUCGUGAAGACACCGUUCAUGGUCGUGAUGAUGUCAUCACUGACUGGGUUUGCCUCUGCUGCUGCCAACUCAUUGCCAUACACGCUGGUCGGGACAUAUCACGAACAACGAGAAAUUUUCUUUGCCUUCGACAGUCCGCUGACUGACUCACUGAGGUCAUCUGGGGUGGGCGUGCACAUGGCAGCUCUGGACAGUAGCUACUUUCUGGCCCAGAUUGUACUGUCGGCGCUGAUGGGGUACAUCGUGCAUCUCACCCACUCCGUCACCGCGUACAUCACGUGUGCGGCCCUCCUCGGCGUGGCCGCUUGUUUCUCGUUGAGUAGAAUUAUCGUGACAGAAGAGGACGUGACAGAAGAGGAUCUCCAAACAAUACGAACUGGCAGGGCUACGCCACGGGUGUCUCCCAGAUCACAAGGCAAACUUAAGGGGGGUUCAGGGGAAAGCCAUAUAACCAUAUCCAUAUAGAGAUUAAUGCUAUGUCUAUGGUAAAAAAUUCUAACGUUGUUGCAAAAGAGAUGUCAUUUGCAAUUGUAUUUUUAGACUUUGCAGUCCAAGUAAAGCAAAACCUAUGCAGCAGAUAUGAUGUACAGUAUGCACAAAUGUAUAUUUUAUCUAGAUGUUGCUUUUAUGGUAUAUAUCAUCUUCUCCAUUGGCUUCCAGUGUUUAUUUAAAUUUAAAAAAAUUAAUUUCCCCUUUUCAUCCAGAAGUGAAUUGGGGAAUUAGAUAGCCACAGACUAAAUGCAGUUCAGAUAGUACAUGUACAUGUAUCUGCAAGCUUGUCAUUGUUACGAAAAGCCACAAGCAUGUAUCAUGCAAUGUUAAAAAAUGUUAUUUCAAGUGUUGUAUGGCGUCACUUCCGUAGUAGUGUGGUUCUGUAUGCUACUGUAGUAUUGUGCCUAAAAUAUGCCACCAAAGUUUGACAUUGACUUUUUGGAGCUUCUUAACGAAAUGAAGUUUUUGUGUUUUGUUUUGUUUUAUUUGUUGUAGAGUUUUAUCUUUGUGAACUGAACAUAUUUGAGCCAUGUGUAUUUAUUACCUAUUCCCAAUCAAGUCUUCUCGUUGAAGAUCAUUUCCCAUGUCUUGCCAAUAGUUUGUUUUUGCAAUAACAAAAAGAGUUGUUUUAGUACAUCAGAGCAGAUAUCAUAUUAAAAGGAUAUAAUGUGUAUAUAUACUGCAUAAUCAUUGUUGCGUUCUCCAGUCCAUAUGCUAUAUACAUAUGUGUUGUGUUGUAAUAUUUUGAACCCCUUUUAAUAGAAAUAUUGUCAAUGUUACAUGGAAAGGGCUUCACAGAUCAUGUCUUCAAGAUGAAAUAGAUAAUAAAACUAAACCUGUGGCAUUAUUAUUAGAUUUAUCAUUACAUAUGGGCAGUCAUGUUCUUCCUAGGCAUUUGUUGGACUGUUAUUAUCAGUACAUGUAAGUUAUAUGCUUAUAAAAAAAAAUAAGUUAAAUUUUAGAAAUAAUGAUAGAACUAUACAUAUUCUACAGAUAUGAAAAAUGUAAGAAAAAUGUUAUAUAUGUUAUGUAUAUGGUUAUUGUUGAGAAUGAUGGACGAACAACAACAAUCUAAAUACUUUGAUAGAUUUAGAUUAAUGUUUCUGUGCAGUCUUUUUAGAUACUUAGACUGGUUUAUUAAACUUUGUCUUUUCCACCUCACAUAAAAACGGUAUAGUCUUACAAUGUAAAGUGUGACACUAGGCAUUAUAGGGAACUCAUGUUAGAUCUAAAAUAUACAUAACGUAUGUGUUUUGUGAAGAUUAGUACUUUAGUAGGGGAAGGUUUCUGUUGUUAUCAAAGUUCCUUCUUACCAUUACUCUCAUACACUCUGACACACCUGCGAAUAUAACAUUAAAACAUCUGUCACA